AUGUUUCCUAUAUCGAUUGGCACAAUUGUGAUAUUUUUCGUGUUAAUUGCUAACGCUAAAACAGAAAUUACUGAAAUUCCAUUGAAGAUCGAUGAUCGUAUAGUUGGUGGUUCUGCAUUAAAAGUAGUAGAUCGUAAAUAUCAAGUAGGAAUUUCACUAGGACCAUAUCUAUGCGGUGGUUCAUUAAUUACGAUGGAAUGGGUUUUAUCUGCAGCCCAUUGUGUACAUGGGCAAACCGCGAGUAGCACAUAUGUGCGAGCUGGGUCUAAUAAUUGGGAUUUUGGUGGUGUUGUGAGGCAGGCAAAAAAACUUAUUGCCCAUUUCGGUUAUAAUCCGUCCACUUUACAUAAUGAUAUUUCUUUAAUUCUUUUACAAAGUCCUUUCGUUCCAACUGAUUAUAUAAGAACAAUUUCUAUAGCUAGUAAUUUACCAGCACCUGGUAAAUUAUUACGUGUAUCCGGUUUUGGUCUUACUUCGAAUAAUGGUAAUUUGGCUCCAUAUUUGCAAGGUGUUUGGGUUAAUAUGCUUUCAUUUGAAACGUGUCAACAACUUUACAAUAAUGCUUUGUCGAAUACAAUGUUUUGUGCUGGAGAUGAAGCUGGAAAAAGCUCUUGUCAGGGUGAUUCUGGUGGUCCAAUAACGUAUGACGGAUAUCUAGUAGGGGUUGUUUCAUGGGGUUAUGAUUGCGGUGAUCCAACUCAUCCUACUGUUUAUACGAGAGUACCACUUUAUGAUACUUGGAUUGAAAAUACAAUGAAGAACAACUAA